AUGCCCGUUCCCUUCGAAGCCUUGAUUCCCUACGGAAUCAUCCUGGUCAUGUUCGGCGCCACCGGUGCCGGCUUGUCCAAGAUCAAGAACAUGCAGAACGGCGGCAAGCGCGCGCGUCGCUCGCUAGAUCAGUGGGAUAGACAAAUGAUGGACCGCGACCGAAGGUUGACCGGUUUCCUGCGCGGGCAGUCGGACAACCCGUUAGCGCCGGCGGGCUACGAACUGAACAACCCUUGGAGAGUCGAGAAGCGCAUGUCAUAA